GAGACUGGCGCGCCCGCUUAUAUAAUGCGGCUUUGGAGGGGGGGGGGAUCCCCCAAAAUGGCGGCUGCGCAGGACCCUCAAGGCGAACAAGCAGGAUGGGCAGCUGAUUGGAGUGGCUCAUUUAUUUUAUCUUCUUUUGACCUGUCUCUUUAACAGCUGUCAGACCGGCAGAGAUUAUUAGAAUGAGCGUGAAAGAUAAGGCGAAGCUGCACUUAAGGAAAUUUGAUGUUGGAGACAAAUUUUCUUAUUUACCGCUAGCAAAAGCCUCUGUUCUUGUGCCACUAAUGGUUAGAGAUGGAAAGCUGUGUGUACUUUUCACUGUCAGAUCAAUGAAGUUGACAAGAUCACCAGGAGAAGUGUGUUUUCCAGGAGGCAGGAGAGAACCAACGGACAUAGAUGAAAUAGCCACAGCUCUCCGGGAAGCUGAAGAAGAAGUGGGGCUCCGUGCAGAACAGGCUGAAGUCAUCUGUAGGCUUGUUCCAGGAAUAGACAGAACUCAUUCAAUAGUAACUCCAGUAGUAGCCUUUAUAGAAGACUCAUUCCAAGCCCAUCCGAAUCCAGAAGAAGUCAGUGAUAUAUUUUAUGUGCCACUGGAAUAUUUUCUUCGUCCUUCAAAGUAUAAGGCCCUACACGUUCAAAUGCUGGGACAGGCUUCCGUUCCAGUACAUUUCUUUGAAUAUGAUGAUCCGGAGCGUAAUCUCUCCUUCGCCAUAUGGGGACUAACAGCACACUUCACUGUGUUUCUUGCUCUUGCCGUUUUUGGAGAAAAACCAACAUUUGAAGUUGACUAUGAUCUCGAUAAUUUGAUUUCUUCAGCUGAGAGCAAUUUUAUGAGGUUAUAUAACACAACAAAAAACAAACUUUAAGUUAUGAAAUUGUUAAUUUCCCAAGGAAAUUGAGUGUAUAAAUCAGGUACACGUGAUGCUAUACACAUUCCUUUAAAUUAAAAAAUGCAAAUUGAAAUGAACUUUGAAAUUUUAUGGAUCCAGUUUUGCAUGAUUGAUCUUUUAAUAGGGUUAUAGAAAAGAAGACAUAGGUCAUUGUUUUGCAGAUUCCAUUAAUAUAGAUUCGGUAGCCUGCUCUUCUCAAAAGGACCAACAGUCCAUUUCCUAUCAGUUGCUUCUUAAACUACAUUUUAAAAAAAGCAUUCCAGUAUUAAAUGCAGACUAUGAGUUGUGCACCCAAAUUUUAUUUGUUUGUUUUCGCUUGUUUUGUUUAAUAAUUUAGUCUUGUAUAUUCUUUAUUUACUCCGCAUAUUUCAAUGGGAAAUAUGCUUCCAGUUGUAACUGUUCAGUAGUUUCAAUCCAAUAGAGAUGACAUGUUCAGAGAUUAUAUUUGUCACUGAGGGUCCUUCCCUGAAUAAUACUAAAUGAUAGAAGAAAGCACUCAUAUUGUACAGGUCUUUUUGCUGGCAGACGGUGCACAAAAGGACCUGGCAACAUAGACAUGCAAGUGAGUUUUUCCUCUGGGUCCCCAAACUAGGAGAAGGGAGUUAAAAACAGAAUGUGGACAAAGAGAGCUAAGCCUGCGCUCUUCUUCCAUUGUACUUUGUCACUUUGUGUGUUCCUUUUUGCAUUGUUCUCCUCACAGAUUGUCUUCUGCUAUCAACCAAAAUGCUUCGAACAUCACACUAUAGCAUCAGAAGGGGACAGGAUUGAGUGCAUUUUGUUAUUGGGUAUCUGUUCUCAUGUAUAUACCAAAGCCAAAGCAGAUAUCCCAACCUAGACUGAAUUAGGACUAAGCAGUUCCUAUUUCCCUUCCUCCAUUUUUGUCCCAAAUGCAAGUUAGAAAUUGCUUUUCUCUGAGCCUCAUUACUUGCUUACAAAAUAGGCAUAAAAAGCUAAAUUUAUUUAAAGCUGUGAGGGCAAUUAUUUUUUCAGCAGGAGAGAAAGUAGUAUAAGUGGUUCACUUUGGAGGCUGUAAUGUUGGAAAACCAUAUUAAAAUAACUACUCAGCCUUGAAGCUCAUUGUCUGAUUUUGGAUAAGUUGUAUCUCUCACCUUAAUCUGCUUCUUGGGGAUGUAACAACAAAAUAGGAUUAUAACCUUUUGCAGGUCUUGGAGGAAGGAUGGUUAGAGAUGACAAACUAGACGCAAUUCCUUGAUAGUAAAGCAUACACACUUUUUUGUCGCAUAACCAGCAACUAAGUUCCAAUAAUAAACUGUAGAAUUGAAAGUCCUUAUCUGGACUGCAAGUCCUUAUCUUAUUGUAGGCAACUUGAUUCCAGUAAACAACUUUUAAUUAGGCCUGACUUGACUAAAUUUGUAAAUUUACAGCACCAAGCCCAACUGACCUUCCAGAUUUGGUUGACUUUGCUAGAUAGUUCCAUUAGACAUUAAAAACUCAUUGAAUAUAACUGGUGCUUUUAAAUCACUUGAGUAAGGUUUUUUUCUUUUUUAAAAACAACUAUGCUGUUUAUUGCUGUUAGAACUCAAAUCUUUGUUGCUUGAUUUGAACAAUGAAGCAAGAGGGCGUGUUUAAUGAUUUCUAAUUACUCUGUGUGCCCAGUGGGGCUGGGGCAAUGAAUUCUGAAUUUUUCUAGUGACCUGUCUUGAUCAUUCAUACAGCAGAAUUAGAUAAAUGUUCACCCACUCAUGUCACAUAUGCAUAAAUGAGCUGCAACCAUGGUUACAGCACUUUUAUUAUUUAAUGUAGGUAAUAUUAGAAUUUGCAAGCUAGCAGUGAAGUCCUCAAUCUACCUACUAUUGACCUUUCUCCAUAUCCAAUAUGCUUUUUUCUGGUUUUGAAAACGAGUUUUGUUUUUUCAGUAAUCAGCUAAACAAAUGGAUUCUGUUUGUAUA